UACUAUGUAAUUGAUCUAGUGAAGUGCAUUGAAUACCGAGACUCAAUCGAGUCGUCUUGCAUACAGCACUUACCAUUGAGCCGAUGAAGAGGCGGUCCAGUCGUGCAUGUGGAGCUGGAGGUAACAUCUCAAACAAGCACUAAUUAUUGGAGCUCUACUCGAGGCAGCCUACACGUAAUCGGAUUCAGAAUAAGCAGCGACGAUCAUAACGGGGGGUGCCUGAUUCUGGGGCCUGAGGCAGGAGGCCAGGAACGGCUUAGUAACAGGAACGGUGUUUGUGCUUAUCUCCAUGUGAUUUUCUAUCUGGCUGACAAAAUCGCAUCGAAGAAGAUCGAAUCCCGCCAUCAUGGAGUCGAGGAGUCGCUUUUCUCUUGUCUUAUAACCUUUACACCACGAUUUGAUCCCUACUAUACCCCUCAUCCUCCUUCUUAUCACCACACCAUCGCCCGCCAUCAUUUCCAACAUGUCCGACACGCCCACCCCACCGGUCGAAGACCAUGACGUCCGCGAACCUGACACCCCCCACGACGCCGUCGCCGCCGAUGAGCAUCAGCAUCCCCAACUCGAACUCACCAUCCACCACCGCAACACGCCUCACACCCUGACCCUCCCCGCAACUGCCACCCUGCACGAUCUCACCCUCCAGCUCGAAACCCACCUCAACAUCCCCGCCUCCCACCAAAAACUCCUCAUCACCCCACCACCCCCGCGCCACCUCAUCCCAGGCACUCUCAAACCCCCACUCCCCGCCACACAAGCCGCCCUCCCCCUCACGACAACCCUCCCGCUCACCUCCCCACGCUUCAAACUCACCGUCCUGGGCUCGCCCACCCGCGAAAUCACGACCCUCAACGCCCAAGGCGCCGACCAAGCCGCGCGCGAGCAGCGCCGCCUUACCACGCACGCCCAAUACGCCGCGACCGCGACCCCGUCCGCCGUCUCCUCCUCCCUCUCCCGCAUCCACACCAUCUCUUCCGAGAACGACACCUCGCAAUACACCUUCCACAGACUCCUCCCCCUGCCCCACCUCCCCAACCCGCAGCGCAGCCACGACUUCCUGGCGCGCCUCCGCGACGACCCCGGCAUCAGGUCCGCAAUGCGCAUCCAUAAAUUCUCCGUGCCCGUGCUCACGGAGAUGGAUCCGGUCGAGCACACGACGGCCCACUCGCGGACGCUGGGCCUGAACCGCAACAAGGGCGAGGUGAUCGAGUUGCGGCUCCGCACGGAUGCGUACGACGGCUACCGCGAUUAUCGGACGAUCCGCAAGACGCUGUGUCAUGAGCUGGCGCAUUGCGUGCAUAGUGAUCAUGAUCGGUUGUUUUGGGAGUUGACGGGGCGGAUUGAGAGGGAGGUCGAGAGGGGGGACUAUACAAGGAGUGGGCGGGUGCUAGGGGCGAAUGGGCCCGGAGGGGAUGAGUUCUAUAAUCCGGGGGAGUGGGAGGCGGUGCAGCGGGAGGGGUUGGUGGUGGAUGAGAAGGGGUGGACCGGGGGGAGCUUUGUUUUGGGGGCGGAUGGGGGGUCUAGUGCGGGGAGUAGUGGUCAGGGUACUGGAGGUGGAGGUGGAGGAGGGAGUAUGAGGGAGAUUCUGGCCAAAGCGGCGGAAGAGAGGAUGAAGAGGGAGAGGGAGAGGGAGAGGGAUGGGCAGUAGAGCAUAGCUUGGAUGCUUGGAUGCUUGGACUCUUUGUCUGUCUGCAGGUAU